UAUCUUCUCUAUACGCUACCCCGCCAAAUUGGCACGAACUGGAAUUUCAAUUCCCUCCAUUUUCACCAAUUUCAAAUCCCUUUUAUCUUAAUUCAACUCUCUCUCUCUCUCUCAUCCCGUGGAUUUGUUUUCGUUUCCUAUGGCGGACUGUGAAGCUCCCUCCUUUUCUCUAGGGCUUGAUCUCGCUCACGAAACCCCUCCACAUUCUCCAAUCAAUCCACCCAACCACGACGACGACGACUUGGGCCCACAAGUCUCAGACUCCGAUCCCGAAACCCGACCCGAUCCGCCACGCCGUAUCCUCAAGCGCCUCCGCCGAGGUCCGCCGCAGUCCCUUCCGAAGCAAGUGGAGCCGCCGUCGCGCUUGGACGGCGACGAUGACAUUGAGGAUUUCUCCUCACAAGAUGAUGAUAUUGUUCAAGGACGUGCACAUCCAUCGGCAUGGAAUCAUUCUGUGUGUAGCAGCUCAAAAGUCUCGUUGAAUGGUUGUGGAGUUUUAACUCCUCAUUCAUCUGGCAACUGUAGGGAAAGAAAAAGAAAGCAAGCUUCAGAUACUUCAGCUUCUGAUUCUGCUAAUUUGGAGACGGGCCCAAGAGGGUUGGUGUUUCCAAAGUUAAAAACUAGUCCUCUCCGAAGGUUUCAAUUGCUUGAUUCCGAUUCUGAUGAUCCAGUAGGUGAAGAUGUUAGUGGUGCGAAUAAAGUUGAUCCUCCCUCGAAGGAAGCAAUGCAUACCCUAAGCAAACCUGUGACUUCUUUUGAACAAAAUAGAAAAACAUCAUUUACUAUGAACCAAAAUCAGGAUCUUUGGAAAGAUUUUUCUCCAGUGAAGAGUUUUUCCAUUCCAACACCAGCCUUCAAUGAGGUAUGUGAAGAAUACUUUCGUUCUCCCAAGUACAAGGGAGUGGAGGAAUCAGGGAUUGAUGCAUCUAAAAGUCAUGAUGAGAGAUAUCUUGGGGUCAAUUCUAGCUGCCAAAGGGAUCAACAACUAUGGGAAUCAACAGACCCUCUUCCUCCUGCUCAUCGUUAUUUUUUUCAUGAGGAUCCCAGAAUUCAGAAGUUAGUUCGCAGUCGCCUGUGUAAUUUUUCUCCGCUAGGUGUCAACAGAGUGAAUCAGCAACCUAACGUCUCAAAUAUCGAUUACAUGGGACAAUUUAACAGUGGAGGAGCUUCUAAAACGCAGGGAGUUCAAAAAAGUUAUGUUAGCAGCUCAACAAGGGGAAAAAACAAAGGAAAAAACUUGGUCUUUGAGGAUACCUUUAAUGCUUCUGGAGGCUGGGUGGAUCCCAAAAUUAAUUCUCCGUUCAGCCAUGGAGAAUCUUGUAGACAGAAAGGAACAAAGAGAAAUAGCACUAAAACCGGCAUGUCAAAAAGAACAAAUAAAACAAACAAAUCAAACUCGUCAAAUGUUUCAUGUGCUUCUGAAAACUGGGUGGAACCCAAGAGUAUGCCAAAGGAUGCAGGCAAAAGACGUGUUCAAGCAAGUGGUCAAUCUGCUGGUCAUUGGUAUACAUCAUCAGAGGGAAGAAAGGUUUAUGUCGACAAAAAUGGGCAGGAGUUGACAGGCCGAAGUGCUUAUAGACAAUAUCGGAAGGAGAGUGGAGCAGGGUUCAAGAAAUCAAAAAAGAAAACUAGUGUCAAGAAGACAAAUUCCAAGAAGAGAAACUAAACAUUUGAUGGCAAGGCAUUUAUUCCACGCCUGGCCCACAUCCUGUAAAUUACUCGUGGAUCUUAUGACUAACAUUACCCUAUAGGUCUGAUUGGGUUAAGUUGCCAUGAACUUCUGGUGUCAUGUGUUAUGGAUGGGAGCAAGGAAGCUAGCAAUGUAGCGUGCAGCAUCACGUGCGGGGAAAUCGAUUGAGGGCUCGUUGUCUUGUGUUGCUCCAAGUGGUUCUGUAGAUAUCGACAGUCUUGCUACCAUGAAACUGUAGCUUGAGAUAUUGAUUCACUUUGUCUUCGCAUCCACAAUGAUGCCUCGAUUCACUCUUUCUUUUGAUUCACCACUUUGUUCUCUUUGCGCUUAUGAUCCCCAUUUGAAUAGAAACCACUACAUAGUGAGCUUCU